CGGAGGACGCGGGCACCUUGGCCGGGGCCGGCGGCGGCCGGGUGCUGUUGACUGUACACAGCCCGCGGCCGCCGCUAUCCGGCGCCGGCUCCGGCCGCCCGGCUCGGCCAUAAAUGCCGACGGCUCGCAGCGGCCGCUCCGCUCGCGCCAUGGAGCCGCCCCUGCCGUCCCGCCUGGCCGAGGCCGAGAGCGAGAGCCAGCUGGGCCGCGUCCACGGCGUCUCGGGGCCCGUGGUGACCGCCAGCAGCAUGGCCGGCGCCGCCAUGUACGAGCUGGUCCGCGUGGGCCACGCUGAGCUGGUGGGGGAGAUCAUUCGGCUCGAGGGCGACCUGGCCACCAUCCAGGUGUACGAGGAGACCUCGGGUGUCUGCGUGGGCGACCCGGUGCUGCGCACGGGGAAGCCACUCUCCGUGGAGCUGGGUCCCGGCAUCAUGGGCUCCAUCUUCGACGGGAUCCAACGUCCCCUGAAGGACAUCACGGAGCUGACCAAAACCAUCUACAUCCCUCGGGGCAUCAACAUCCCCGCGCUGGCCCGCGAUGUCAUGUGGGACUUUGCUCCCAGCAAGAAUGUCUGGGUGGGGAGCCACGUCACCGGCGGAGACGUCUACGGUGUGGUGACCGAGAACUCACUCAUCCAGCACAAGAUCAUGGUGCCGCCACGGAGCCGGGGCACCGUCACCCACAUCGCGCCCCCGGGGCACUACGACAUCUCUGACGUGGUGCUGGAGCUGGACUUUGAGGGCACCAAGGAGAAGCUGACCAUGAUGCAGGUCUGGCCUGUAAGACAGACCCGGCCCGUGGCGGAGAAGCUGCCGGCCAACUACCCACUGCUGACGGGCCAGAGGGUCCUGGAUGCCCUUUUCCCGUGCGUCCAGGGCGGCACCACGGCCAUCCCGGGAGCCUUCGGCUGCGGCAAGACCGUCAUCUCACAGUCGCUGUCCAAGUACUCCAACAGCGACGUCAUCAUCUACGUGGGCUGCGGCGAGCGGGGCAACGAGAUGUCCGAGGUGCUGCGGGACUUCCCGGAGCUCACCAUGGAGGUGGACGGGAGGACGGAGACCAUCAUGAAGCGCACGGCGUUGGUGGCCAACACCUCCAACAUGCCCGUGGCCGCCCGCGAGGCCUCCAUCUACACGGGCAUCACCCUCGCCGAGUACUUCCGCGACAUGGGCUACCACGUCAGCAUGAUGGCCGACUCGACGUCGCGCUGGGCCGAGGCGCUGCGCGAGAUCUCGGGCCGCCUGGCCGAGAUGCCGGCGGACAGCGGCUACCCGGCGUACCUGGGCGCCCGCCUGGCGUCCUUCUACGAGCGAGCGGGGCGGGUGCGAUGUCUGGGCAGCCCCGAGCGCAAGGGCAGCGUCAGCAUCGUGGGCGCCGUGUCCCCGCCGGGGGGGGACUUCUCCGACCCCGUGACUUCGGCCACGCUGGGCAUUGUGCAGGUCUUCUGGGGGCUGGAUAAGAAGCUGGCGCAGCGCAAGCACUUCCCCUCCGUCAACUGGCUCAUCAGCUACAGCAAGUACCUGCGGGCGCUGGAGCAGCACUACGAGCGGCAGCACCCCGACUUCCCGGCCCUGCGCACCAAGGCCAAGGAGAUCCUGCAGGAGGAGGAGGACCUGGCCGAGAUCGUCCAGCUUGUGGGCAAGGCCUCCCUCGCCGAAGCCGACAAGAUCACCCUGGAGGUGGCCAAGCUCAUCAAGGACGACUUCCUGCAGCAGAACGGCUACUCGCCCUAUGACAGGUUCUGCCCCUUCUACAAGACGGUGGGGAUGCUCCACAACAUGGUCGCCUUCUACGAGCUGGCCCGGCACGCCGUGGAGGCCACGGCGCAGGCCGAGCGCAGGGUCACCUGGGCCACCAUCCGCGAGAACCUGGGGGACAUCCUCUACAAGCUGAGCGCCAUGAAGUUCAAGGACCCCGUGCGGGACGGCGAGGCCAAGAUCACCGCCGAUUACGCCCAGCUCCACGAGGAGAUGCAGACGGCUUUCCGCAACCUGGAGGACUGA